GGCGGCGGCGGGCGGCGCGUGUGGGAGCGAGCGGGCGGGCGAGUGUUUACUUCCGGACGCCGGGGCUGAGGCCGAUCGCGUCGGGCGGCGGGCGCGGCGGCCCCGCGCAGCCAUGGACUGGCUCAUGGGGAAGUCCAAAGCCAAGCCCAAUGGCAAGAAGCCUGCUGCGGAGGAGAGGAAAGCCUACCUGGAGCCUGAGCACACCAAGGCCAGGAUCACCGACUUCCAGUUCAAGGAGCUGGUGGUGCUGCCCCGCGAGAUUGACCUUAACGAGUGGCUGGCCAGCAACACCACGACGUUUUUCCACCACAUCAACCUGCAGUAUAGCACCAUUUCGGAGUUCUGCACAGGAGAGACGUGUCAGACAAUGGCCGUGUGCAACACACAGUACUACUGGUAUGACGAGCGGGGGAAGAAGGUCAAGUGCACAGCCCCGCAGUACGUUGACUUUGUCAUGAGCUCCGUGCAGAAGCUGGUGACGGAUGAGGACGUGUUCCCCACAAAAUACGGCAGAGAAUUCCCCAGCUCCUUUGAGUCCCUGGUGAGGAAGAUCUGCAGACACCUGUUCCACGUGCUGGCGCACAUCUACUGGGCCCACUUCAAGGAGACGCUGGCCCUGGAGCUGCACGGACACUUGAACACGCUCUACGUCCACUUCAUCCUCUUUGCUCGGGAGUUCAACCUGCUGGACCCCAAAGAGACCGCCAUCAUGGACGACCUCACCGAGGUGCUAUGCAGCGGGGCCGGCGGGGUCCACAGUGGGGGCAGCGGGGAUGGGGCUGGCAGCGGGGGCCCGGGAGCACAGAACCACGUGAAGGAGAGAUGAGCCCCCCGGGCCGGACAGGGGCGCACGUGUGCAAAGAGACGGUGGUGUGUGUUCUCUCCUGCAUCUGCGUGUGCACACAUGUGCUGGGCACGCGUGUGGUGAGGUCUGAGAGGGCCCUGGGCUGCAUUGCUGUGGGCUGCACAGACGCAGAUGGCCCCGGCCGUGUCCUGUGGCCCCGUCGGAUGGAUGCGUGCCGUUUGUAGAGAAGAGCCUUUGGGCCCGUUCACUCGUUCAGCAGACACGCAUAGGACUGAUGCUUUGAGUUUUCUUCUGUGGGGUUUUCCUUUCUCUGGUCUCCGUGCAGCCCCUGCCCUCCCUCGGGUGCUGCUGGCCUCAAAGGAGGAACUCAUGGGGGGAGGGUGUGAUUUGCAGACCUGGGUCUCUGCUCUGCUCUGGGGGUGGGGCUUGCUUUCACAGAGACCCUCCUUCCCUCUCGCCCCUCCUCUCCCGGCCUCGCCAGGAGUCUUGGCUGUUGGCAGCUCAGAGGUGGGGGAGGCCUGUGGUGUGGGGUGCCCUGCACCUGCUCCUGCUCCUGUCACCCCUUCCUGCUGCCUCCUCCAUGCCCAAGGAACGGCCAUGGUGCAGUCCUCAGGCAAGGCCGGGACGGGGCUGAGGCCCUGCGUGGAGAUGCUGCACCAGCAGAAGGCUGAGACCCGCUUACCUUAGUUCAUCUGUUCACUCGUAAUAAAAAGAAUUCUCUCAGGUCA